AUGGCGAAUCAAGAGCCAACUGUGCUUAUCAUUGGUGCUGGUACUUUUGGUACAUCGACUGCGUACCAUCUCAGCAAACAAUACAAGGAUCCUUCGCGCAUAACUAUUGUCGACCGCUGGGAUACAACAUCGCCUCUGGAAGAAAAACAAGCAGCAGCCAUUGAUACAAAUCGCAUCAUUCGCACAGAUUAUGAUUCGCAUCUAUAUUGCAAUCUCGCCAACGAAGCAAUUCAUUUUUGGUUUUGGAGCAUUGCAGUCCAAGGCCAUUUCCACAAGACAGGAUGGAUUGUACUCGAUAGUAAAGAGGGAGGUUUUGGCGAUGCAGUGAGGAAGACUUUUCUUGAAAGAGGAGGCGACUACACGCGUGAUGUUGAUCCCGGUGAAUUGGAAAAAUACGACAUAACCAAGGGAGUCCAAACCCAGCGGCUGGGCAAAGGUUACUUCAACCCCGAGGCCGGAUGGUGCGAUGCCGAAAGGGCUACACAGAGCUUCACCAAAGUCGCUUUAGAACUCGGCGUCAAGCGCAUAACUGGCGAAGUUCAAGAGCUCGUCCUCAACCGCGACAAAUCCGGUCUUGCCGGCGCCAAGCUACGAGACGGACGCAUUCUGACCGCCGACAAGAUAGUCCUCGCAGCCGGAGCCUGGACCAGCACCCUCAUGUCUCCUCUCGAAGAUGCGCUUAAGAUAUCGCACCAAGAUCGCAUCGAGCGCCAGGUCACAGCCGUCGGCCGCGUCUCAGCAUACUAUACGCUCGACGAUUCCGACACACAAUUGCUCGUCUCGCAAGACCAACCCGUCAUUGUCAUCGGCGGCGAAAUCGACAUCAUCCCGCCUUCGACUCCCAAUCGUACCCUCAAAAUCAAUGAUUUAACGUCUGAAAUCGUAAACACGGUGACUACGCCCUCGGGCCACCGCAUCACUGCUCCCUCGCGUAGACACCAAACCGAUGUCCCCGAAAAACUAAAGCAGCAAAGUACUCGCCUCAUUCAUGCUUCUAUGCCGCAGUGGACGAAAAACCGCAUCCCCAGUCGAUGGCGCAUAUGCUAUGAUGCUGUAACACCGAGUGAAGAUUGGCUCCUGAGUCGCCAUCCGCAUGCGCAACUGCAGAACUUGUACAUUGCCGUUGGAGGUAGCUUUCAUUCUUACAAAUUCCUCCCCGUCGCAGGCGCAUACAUGCUCAACGUCCUAUUCGACAAGUCCAACGGCGAGGAAAAAGACGCAGCCUGGGCGUGGAAGAGUCCAGAAUGGUUAGCUAAAUGCAAUGGCGAGGGCAAGGAAUUCGGGAGUCAGAAAGUAAAGGGGAGACAGAGGCGAGAAUUGAGCGAAUACGAGGAUGGUGCUAUGUCAAAGUUGUAA